GUGGGGGGGGGGCGUGACGUCACUACAAACGCCUGCUUGUGUUCUGCGCUUGAAUUGCAGAGGCAGCAGGAAGGCAACUUUUGGACCCAAAAAAGAAAAUAUUAGCCGGGGGGGGGUGGGGAAAUAUGGCUCAGAUAACAAGCGAGGGGGGCGAGCAGGAUUCCCAGCCGACGGUGGUCCACGGCGACAGCGGGGAAAGCGCCGACACCGGCGUCGAGCCGCAGGCCGUGUCGAACUCCAAACAGGAACCGGAUAACAAUAACGAGGACGGCUCAGGAAUGGAGGUCAGCGGUGGUCGCGGGGGUGCCGGAGCGCAAAAGCGGGGCGGCUCGUCGCCGGCGUCCCCGGCUGGGGAGCGAGACUGCGGCGGGGACGGCAAACUAUCCGAGCCGGCCGAGAGCCCCGCGCAGGGGAGCCCGGCGAGCAGCACGGAGUCCGCCCAAGAGGGCUCCCGGGUGCUGAGGCAAGAACAAAGGGAGGGAGGCAGCGGCUCGCCGGAGCGCACGAAGGCCGCGGAGAAGCACGAGCACGCCGGGAAGAGACGAGCCAGCGUGGAGGUCGCCUCGUCGGACGGGGAGCCGCUCAGCCGGAUGGAUUCCGAGGACAGUAUCAGCAGCACCUUGAUGGACUUGGAGAGCAUAGCGUCGAGCGGGCGCUCCACGCCGGCGAUGUUCAACAGCCACGGCGCGGCCAUGGUCGCGGGCAACGGCUCCGUGCCGGUCAACGGCAAGUCGCUCAGCUACACGUGCUGCUGGGAUCACUGCCAGCUGCAGUUUUCCUCCAGUCCCGAUCUGGCCGAUCACAUCCGAGCCACUCAUGUGGACGGUCAGAGAGGAGGGGUCUUUGUGUGUCUGUGGAAGGGCUGUAAAGUAUACAACACGCCGUCCACCAGUCAAAGCUGGCUGCAGAGGCACAUGUUGACUCACAGCGGCGACAAACCCUUCAAGUGUGUGGUCGGGGGCUGCCACGCCACCUUCGCCUCGCAGGGCGGGCUGGCACGCCACGUGCCCACUCAUUUCAGCGCCCAGGGCUCGUCCAAGGUUUCCAGCCAGGGCAAAGUGAAGGAGGAGUCGCCGUCGAAGGCCGGCCUCAACAAGCGGAGGAAGCUCAAGAACAAGCAUCGGCGCUCACUACCCCGGCCUCACGAUUUCUUCGACGCCCAGACCAUGGACGCCAUCCGCCACCGAGCUAUUUGCCUCAACUUGGCCACGCACAUCGAGAGCCUCGGAAACGGUCACAGCGUCGUGUUCCACAGCACGGUAAUAGCAAGGAGGAAAGAAGAAUCCGGAAAAGUGAAAGUCCUCUUGCACUGGACCCCCGAAGACAUCUUGCCUGAUGUUUGGGUGAACGAAAGCGACAGACUGCAGCAGAAGACCAAAGUCGUGCACCUGUCCAAGCUCCCGACGGACACGGCCGUCCUGCUGGAUCCGAACAUUUACAGGAUGUUCUUCUAAGGAUUUGUUCUUGUCCUGAAGGUCAAUUAUAUACAAAGAUUUAUUCUUUUUUUUUUUUUUUUUUUAGGGGGGGGGUUGAUGAUUUUUAGAGAUGUUUUUUUUAAUUCCAUGCCUAUUAGGUGCUUUUUACAUGAUAUUUAGAAAUAUGUAACUCUUAAUGUAACUAGGCUCAAAACUGAAGCGUUACUGUCGGUAGACUUUUUUUUUUUUUUAGAGACAAGCCGUCUUUGUAAAUAUUUAAGAUUUGUAAUAUAUUUUUUUACCUUUAUUUUUGGGGGGGGUGUUGUUGUUUUUUUUUAACUUUUUUAAUCUCAAAAUGAACCAUAGGUGUGUGUACUUUUUUAACAAACUUUUUAAAAUAGUUGCCGUGACGGAAGCAUUUCGAUGCCGGUGUCGUCUGACAUUCUUUUAGAAGGGGGAGAAGUAUUUUAGCAGUUAUGUCAGAAUUAUGAAAUGGACUUUUGGUCAUCGUAAUUAGUGCUGUAAUGCAGUAAUCCCUCGUUUUUCGCGGUGAAUGGGGACCGGAACCACCCCCUGCGAAAUGUGAAAAACCUCCAAGUAGGACCCCCAACCACCUCCCACACACUCACGGAAAUUUUCAUGUAUGUGUAUCUGGGUACCAGAAUGAUUAAAAUAUGUAAACAGUUUUUAUACUUUACAUAUUUGAGACUAAAAUUAAGAUUACCACCUCUCUGGCUUUUGCUGGGCCACAACACUGAAGUGGUACAGUUUUGCCAGGACAUAAUCAAAAAACCUUAACCCUUGAAAAAAACCCUAAAAAAAAAAAAAAAAAAAUCAAAAACAGCCUGACAUAUUUACAAAUAAAAACAGUACACAGAAAGUUAAACGCUAGCACUGCGCUAAUGCUAGCAAAAAAAAAAAAACAUACCGGUCAAAAUCACUGAGACACGGCAGUAACACGCUAGCGCAGCGCUAACAGGGCCGGACCGGUAAAAGGUUUGGUGCCCCCCUGUGGCCAUUACUGAAAAAUGCACAAAUUAGCCACAUAAACCGCAGGGUUGAAAAUGUGUGGGAAAAAAAUCGCAGUUUAUAGGCCGGAAAUUACGGUACAUAUGUAGCCGGUCAAUAGCGUAGAGGAGACGUGCACAACAAGGAAGUGGGCGGGACAAGGGAAGUUGCCACUCGUGCUCUCAUUGGUCGAUGUCACACCGGCAACCAAUCGUUUCUUAUUUUUUUGCUCCAUUGUUGCACAUGUUGCGCUGGGGACGUGCAUUGUAUCAAUCCACGUAAUAUAGUACCUACUGUAAACCGAUUGGGGGGGGGGGACACAAUACACUGAAUCCACAAUAGGUGAAGCGUGAAGUACAGAGGGAUUACUGUAUUGUCUUUUGUUCCAUUUGUGUUUUUUAUGAAAUGUGACAGGCUGUUGAACGAUGUAAUGCCAUCCUUUUUUUGUUAAUAUGAGAGCCUCAAAUAAAUGUCUACUGUAUUGUUA